CAACAAACCACCUGCCUUAAAUACCGCGGAGCGGCGCAGCGCGCUGUUAUUGUUCCAGCCUGUGACAGCUGCUCGCUGCGCAGCACACCAUCAAUAAACUCAAACGUGAAAGCGAACAAGUUCAGGAGGCGAUUCUGUUUAGUAAAAAGGAGGAUAACUGUGUAUUGGUUUCGAUUUUAAGCAGCCCUUCUUCCCCAAAUCAACGUUAGCUUAGCUUGCUAACUGUCGCGACGUUAUGGCAUGCGAAUAAAUGGGAGAAGUGUUCCUCAUCGCAUUUACUAAAAGAGACGGUUAUAGUAAAUCCGCAGCUACUUCCCGUAAGAGACUGCCAUGGAACCGCACGCGGCCAUGGGCUACGUGAACAUAGGCAGCCUCACCAGCACUUUGCCAGUGAUUCCUUACCAGAAGCUGACGGACCUCUACUACCUGAGCAGAGGGGGCUUUGGUACCGUCUUCAAGGCGCAGCACUCCGACUGGAGGACAACCGUGGCCAUCAAGUGCCUGAAGCUUGACUCGGUUGGAGAAAGAGAGAGAAACUCCCUGCUGAAGGAGGCAGAGGUCCUUCACAAAGCCAGAUUCAAUUACAUCAUCCAGAUCUUUGGCAUCUGCAAUGAGCCUGAGUUCUUCUGCAUAGUCACAGAGUUUAUGAGCAACGGUUCUCUGGACCUGUUGCUCCACGAGAAGGACGCAUACCCUGUUCUUGCCUGGCCUUUGCGCCUGAGGAUCCUGUAUGAGAUUGCCCUGGGGGUGAACUUCCUACACAACAUGACCCCCCCUCUCUUACAUCAUGACCUGAAGACACAGAAUAUACUGCUGGAUGGUGAAUUUCACGUUAAGAUCGCAGACUUUGGUCUCUCAAAGUGGCGGCAGCUUUCUGUCAGUAAAGGUUCAGGGUCCAAGCCCGCAGAGAUGGAGGGCACAGUGAUCUACAUGCCCCCUGAGGAGUACGAGCCCUCCAAGAGCCGUCGAGCCGAUGUGAAACAUGAUAUGUACAGCUACGCCAUUAUUAUGUGGGAAGUGCUGGCCAGGCAGAUACCGUUUGAAGAAGUGACCAACCCCAUGCAGAUAAUGUUCAGCGUGCUGCGCGGGAAGCGUCCGGACACCAGCCUGGACACCUUGUCGGCUGAGAUUCCCAGCAGAGACACUCUCAUCAGCUUGAUGACCUCAGGCUGGACCGCUAACCCCGAAGAUCGACCUUCUUUCCUCAAGUGUUUAAUUGAGCUGGAGCCAAUGGUGAGGAGGUUUGAUGAGAUAGACUUCCUGGAGGCGGUGCUGGGGAUCAAGAAGGCAAAGAUGAUGCAGAGGUCAGGGUGCUGUUCAGCUCAGCCGGUGUGUGAGAAGAGGAAUGUGGAGGUGUCUCUGAAUAUGCUGAAGGACCGACCCAGCCCGUGGCCCGAAUACUCCACGUCAGGUUCAGGAUCUGGCUCCACGUCAGGAUCCGGAUCUGGAUCUGGCUCCUCCCAGGACACAGAGAUAUCUCUGCCAGGCAUCCUCACCAGCAGCAACGCUUCUCCACAGGGCCUUCUUAAUCUGGAUCCUCCACAGUCUUUGAAGGACAGCUACUCGGCCAACAACCUAAACAUCUUCCAGCCGACUAGAUCACAGACUGAUUUAAACAUACCCAUGAAACCUGCCCCGUGUGUCACAGAGUUUGAAACACAGGUGGAUAACCUCACCCUCAAACCGCAGCCUCAGCAACAAGACGAUUACUCGCUUCCGCUGCCAAGCCCCACACACUCACGAGGCCCCAUCGGCCACUGGAUCUCAACGCGCCGCGAGGAGAUCGUCUCCCAGAUGACGGAGGCGUGUCUGAACCAGAGCUUGGACGCCCUGCUGGCUCGCUCCAUGCUGAUGCGAGAGGAUUAUGAACUGGUGAUUAACCAGCCCACGCGCACUGCCAGGGUCCGCCAGCUUCUGGACAACUGUCACCGACACAGCGAAGACUUCUGCCGCAUCGUCGUCCGCAAGCUGCUCGACAACAAGCAGAUGGCCCUGAGUCCGUACCCACCUGAGAUCAGCUCCCCGACAGCACCAGUCAUUGCCAGCGCGCCGCCGCUGUCCGCCUCCUGCAACAUGCACAGGAACUAGCAGCUGCAGAUAAAGUUGUGGAGACUGUCCACUGACUGUGCCAACUUCACACUACAGCUAACUGUAACAUGAGCUUUUAACAAGCUUUUCCUGGAAAGAGCUGCAGAAGAGUCGGUUUAGCAAUAAGAGUCACAUGACAAACGUAAACAUCCCACACAGGAGAUGAAAGAUGCUAUUUUAUAUCACCAGUAUCAAAAGAUUCAGACUGCAUUACUAAUUUUAUUUAAUGUUUUAUGGGUUUAUUUAUAUUUUCCCUAUUAAUGUUAUAGGUUUUCAGCAUAGUUUAUGUGAUACUCUUCCUCUUAUUUAGGCCGUGGUUUUGUAACUUGUGUGUGUGCGUGUAGAGUAGAUUCCUCCUUUUUAACCUGAUGUUCUAAGAAAGUGCUGCCUUCCUAGAGCGUAGACAGGUUAUUCCUGUGAUAAUGUAUCAUGUUUUCUUGGAUCAACUUUACCAAACGAAUCCAGCAAGUGUUUGUCCCUCACAGCAGCCGAACCUGCGUUUAUUCAGCAAGAGAACAAGUCAAGUGUUAGUUUAGAUGUGUGCUCAGGAUUUUGCUUCAUUAUAUCACUUAUUUUCCUUUUUUCAGUAAUAGCUGAGGUAAAUAGUCACUGGAGAAAAGAAGAGGUUGUAAUGUUACACCCAGAAGGAGAGGGAGGCGUGCAUUUCUGCACGCUGUGUGUUUGUGUCCAGGUUAAAAGUGGACCAAGAGGACCUGCCGUCUCAUGUCUUUGGCUCGCUCAGUUUCCCUGAUUGCUUUCACUUUCCAAGGCUUCCAGAGUUGCCUUCAAUCCAGAAACUCUGAGCUAACCUUUCUAAAUCAUUUAAUCUCUUUACUGAGCUGCCUGCCUGCAAAAUAAAAACACAUUUAACCAAUAAUUUCAGUUUAUUACCGUUCAAUCAACUUUUUCUACUGUAGCUGCUUAUUAACGCCUGUAGGUCAAUCCUUUUUCUCUCUUUAGGAUGGUGAUCACCCCAAGAUUCUGUUAAAUGCAAAAAGUACACCUACUCCUACGGUUAUGUGUAAAUAGGAGUUAAAGUUUGUCUCUGGAGGCUUGAUAUUUCUCCAUUUUCUCUGCAUAAGUGUGUUGUAGCACUGUAAUUAUAUUUUAAGAUCAUUUAGAGGAAUACUUUAUCAAUUACUCCUGUUGUUCAACACAAAAGAAUAAGUUUUAGAUUUGUUUAGGAACAUCUCCAAAAAAUCCAAGGAUAAAAACAUCAAAAUGGGCUGCAUUUACUUUAAGUAAAAGUUCUGUUUCAGUGCUGAUGUUUACGUUGUGUUGAUGUGUGGGUGUGUGUAUACAGUUUUUCAUGGCCUCAUUUCUGCCUUCACUUCCUCAAACAGGUGCUUACACAACAUUGUAGCUGUGGCAUUUACAGCCCAGUCUUUCUGUACGUUCAUCACACAACAACCUCGCACCGACGCAGGCCAUUUUUAGCCCAGGCGAUUCAGGCCGAGCGAGGUCGAUAUGCUUCCACGUGUUGGGCGUGUACUGCCUUGUCUUUAAAAUAAGGGGGAAAAAAAUGUGUGCCUCAUGUACGGCUUUUAGUCUCAACUUUAUUGACUUUGAAAAGCCUUUUCAACACAUAUCAAAUAAAUCUGAGUAAAAUGCCACAAAUUUGAUCGCCUGUAUAUGUUGUAUCAUCUUUUGUACUGCAGAUGCUAGUUCCAUCUUUUUUACAUGUAUAGAUUCAGCAUUAAGAUGUUAAAAGAGUUCAUGUCUUGUUUUUGUUGACUGAUGAUUUUAUAUGGCGGAAAAUACCUUCAGCUAAAUGGACUAGGAGUUAUAUUCAGUGUCAUACAGGUUAUACAGUAGUAAAAUGUGAUAGCUCAGUUGACGUGUAGCAGCAUUUUGAACUGAAACAUGAACGCUGUAUCUCCAUCCUCAUUAAAAAUAUGUACUCCGUUUUUA